ACUGCUUUCACACGGCCAGGCUUGUGGCAUCACUUUGGAUGGGCUCAGACCAAGAAAAUAUUGGUGGGGCAGGGUACCCUUAGCGCUGUUCAGCAUGCUGCGCCGAGUACGGGGCUUCCUGUUGCCCACCGUGGCUGGCCAGGAGGAGGAACCCGACCGCCUUUUUGAAGAGCUCUUCCACAAACUGAACCAUCACGGGGACGGGAUGGUGGACACCACAGAACUGCAAAAAGAACUGGAAGCUAUCGGCAUCCCUGUGGGCCAGGACGAGGAGAUAUUAAAAUCUGUUGAUAUUAACACAUGCAAUCUGCUGAACCUUGGCACAUUUAUGCAGUACCUUAAAGAUAAUGAGAAGACAAUGAAGAUGAACUUUAAGAAUUUAGAUGAAAAUAAUGAUGGAGUGAUUGAUACUUCGGAAAUCAUCAAUACUCUCAACUUAAUCAGUACACGUAUUUUGGAAAAAGAGGCAGUGAAGAUUCUUGAAAGGGAAUUGAUAUGGGAGAAAGAUGGACUUUUCCUCAUUUACUUGAUGAAAAAAGAAGUUCUGGCCUGUUAUGGAAAUAUCUGUUGGCUGGAGGCAUAGCUGGUACUUGUGCUCAAACAUGCACAGCACCAUUAGAAUGUCUAAAAACCCUAAUGCAGGCUCAGAGUUUAGAAACAAAGAAUGUGAAGAUAAUAAGCCCUUUAAUGGAGAUGGUCAAAGAAGGUGGAGUCAUUUCUUUGUGG